GUUACAAAAUUGGUUCCUUGUGCGUGGGAUGUGUGUGUUGGGAUUGUGGUGUGCUGCGCAAUUUUAAUUUUGAUUUGUUCGCGAUAUGUUAAUAUUUUACCUACCUACCUUCAUGUAGCCUGUAAGAGAAAUGUCAAUGAGGAUUAUAAAAUAUUCUUACAAGUAGUAGCCUUUUAGUUUGUUCUCUCAUUUGAUGUUCUCUGAAAUGAUUCAUGUGUGUCACCUUUGAUAAAAGUUAACCUAAACUUCAAGAAAAUGUCAGCAUGUGAAGAUGCCUACAGAGUUCUUGGACUCAACUCAGAUGCAACCUUCAGAGAGGUAUGGUACAUGUACAGAUCAAUCCUCGAUGGCGAGGACACGCGGUCCAGCGGACGCAAGCGCACCAACAUGCCGGCCGUACACUUUGCCUUCCAGACGAUUCUCAAUCAGCAGACCGACGGCCCAUUAUUUGGUGACGAGGAGAGCGAGGAUGACUACUAUUACGAUGACGAUGACGACGAUGACACCUAUUCGGACUACACGUGCAACUGUCCGCACCGGCACCACUUCACCGACGACCAGCUGCGCGAGACCAAGUUCAGCCGGCAGCGGCCGCGGAACGAGGGGUAUCAUACGAACACGGAUGGAGCGGCCGUCGAGGCGAACGCUUCCAAACUAGUGAAGGAAGAGGAGGCGCAGAAAAACGAAAACAAAAAGAGCGACGCCAAAAAGAAGAAGAAGAAAAAGAAAAAGAAGAAGCCAGUUGAUAAUAGUUCCACUUCGGUGAACGUUAACAAUAACUGCAGUGAAACGCGUAACGAGAAUGUCCAGUCUGACGAGGAUACCGACGGUGAGGGCCUGGACCUUAACUCGGCCUUCGCCAAGGCGUCUGGAAAGGCCGCCCAGGAGAAGGUGGCCAGCUCCAACGGCAAUAAGACGGAAUGUCGCCGACCGUCCAGCCGCCCGGCAAACCACGCGUCCUCCGUGGAGCCGCCGCCGGCGCUGCGGCUCCAGGCUCAGGCGUACGCCAUGGAGGGCAACCAGCUGGCCAAGAAGGGCGAGUUCCUGCGCGCCGCCAACGUCUUCACCCUGGCCAUCAAACUGGACGGUAACGACCACCGCUUCUUCGGCAACCGCAGCUUCUGCUUCGAGAGGCUCAAGCAGUACGAUAAGGCGCUCAAAGACGCUGACCGUGCGAUACAGAUCGAUCCGUCCUGGCCGAAAGGCUUCUUCCGGCGGGGUCGCGCGCUGCUGGGACAACUGAAAUAUGCGGAAGCCGAAGAAGCUUUUCGGCAAGUACUUAAACUUGACAAAAACGUGGACGAAUGCCAUCAAGAAUUGGAGAAAAUUAAGGUGUUCAAGUUGAUGCAGAUGGGCUUUCCGAGGGACAACGCCAGAGCGGCGGUCCGACAGUACAAAACUGAGGAGGCGGCGCUGGAUGCCCUGCUGCGCGGGGACGUGCGCCAGCUACCGGACGACAGUUCCGACUCGGAGGAUGACACGGGCGAGCCGACGGCCGCCGGCCGGCCCGUCGACCCCAAGGAGGACCCCUCCAACGUGGAAGGGCUGCGCUCACUCUGGGUGGGCAAUAUCAUGCAGACGGUGACCGAGCGCGACCUGCGAGACCUGUUCGCCAGACACGGCGCCGUCACCAGCGUACGCGUCCUCCCCGACCGCUACUGCGCCUUCGUCAACUUUGGCGAUAAGAAGGGCGCCAGUCUGGCCAUGCAGCACCUGCAGGGACUGGAGUUCCACGGCAACCGGCUCAAGAUCAAGUUCCCCGACAAUCCAAUCGUGGACGGACAGGCUAAGGUGGUGAUCGGCAAGAAGGGGCCAGUGGGCGCUGGCGCCGGCGGAACGCGCAAGCUCACCGGUCCCGUGGGUGACGGCGAGUGCUACUUCUGGCGCACUUCCGACUGCUCAUACGGCACCUCCUGCAAAUAUAAACACAUUGCCGCCAACAAGGGCAUCGACCGCAAACCGUGGCGCCGCUGAUCGCCGAGAGCCAGUGGACUGGCGGAGAGAGGGCGGAGAGUCAGGCAGAGUGAGGGCGUCGGCAGGAAGGGCGAGGAACAGUGAGAGGUGGGACGGACGCUCAGAACCCGGGGACCAGUGUGGGCGGCCGCCGCCAGCCGCUCCGCUGCGGAAAGGUCGCUCCGGAGCUCCUCUGAGGGAGGUGGGAGCGGCGGCGGCGGCCGCAGUAUUGUGAUCGUGUCGCCAGACUUUCCAGUUUGAUAUUGGCGUGUGCGUAUGUGUGUAUCCUGGGGGGGGGGGGGGGGGGGUGAAAGUUAAAUGGGAUGUAUCGCCAUGUGGCAGCGCUAAGCGUCUGCGCCUCUUUACGAGGCCGGCACGAGCGGGUGUGUUUGUUUCUGUGCGACUGUGUGUUUGUUUCUGUGCGACUGCGUGUUUGUUUCUGUGCGACUGUGUGUUUGUUUCGGUGCGACUGCGUGUUUGUUUCGGUGCAACUGUGUGUUUGUUUCUGUGCGACUGUGUGUUUGUUCCGGCGCGCGCGGGGUUUGUUUCGGUGCGACUGCGUGUUCGUUGCGGCGUCCCUGGCGUCCGCAGCAGUUUGUAUUAGCCCAGAGACGGCGCCAAGUGCCAUCGGCCUUCCUUCCCCGGCCGAACACGGCCGCCAGUGCCUUGCAGGUACGCUGUGAGCAGCGCUUGUUGACAUUAUCACCCAUACACUCUGAGCGGGGUCGGUGUUUUAUACCCUGUUUUUGGAGCCGCCGCCGGGCCCGGACGCGCUAUCAUCAAUCCGGCGUGAACCGGCCGCUGUACGGUGCCUUAAUCUAGCAGACAACUUCAUUCGGGCUCAAUACAAGUGUCUGACCCGUA